CGUGUUAAGUUGUGCUAUUAUCUUAUGCGCGCACGCCGAUCACUGCAUUGGUAUUUCUCCUCCUCUUUAGUAAACUUUUUUUGUACUACUCCAUCUUCCUCAUCCUCGGGAGAAAGUCUCCGUUCUGUUGAAUACUUCACUCUAGUUAUUUUGCUGUUGCCCUUAUUCGAAAGACCAAGAAACGACUCUGACCCAGAUCCACGACGCUCAAAUCGCCCGACAUGCUGCGCGCUCUAUUACAGCAACUCAAAACCGCCGGGCGAGCGCUGCAAUACCGAGUUGGGCUGCGCCGAGGACCACCUGGGAGUGGUCUGUCGGAUUCCGAUUCCGACUCGCUAUCUUCGGAAAGCAGCAGUCAUGUCGACGAAGCCCACGUCGUCGCACGGUGGGAGAGGGUAGGAAACCAGGCGAUGAAGCGAAUGCGGCGCGAGCGGGUCAGCGUUCCGUCUCUGGAAGUCAUCGAGGGCUGGGCAACACUCGCCGUGCGGCUUUUGAGGAGAAGCCUGA